CAUCCGCCUACAAAAGGGGCAUAAGUGGUGCCCGGAGCUGCUCCAUCCAUCAUCACCUCCUCUACCCAGCCAGACCUGUCCCGAGCCAAUCAUACAGUGCGGCGCGUGCGACUGCGAGCAGAGCUUCUAGCAAUAAAGGGAGGGAGUGAGCGGGAUGCUGGAAGGGAAGGCGACGGUGGAGGACACCGACAUGCCGGCCAAGAUGCAGCUGCAGGCCACCUCGGCGGCGUCCAGGGCGCUCGACCGCUUCGACGUCCUCGACUGCCGGAGCAUCGCGGCGCACAUCAAGAAGGAGUUCGACACGAUCUAUGGCCCGGGGUGGCAGUGCGUGGUGGGCUGCAGCUUCGGCUGCUACUUCACGCACAGCAAGGGGAGCUUCAUAUACUUCAAGCUCGAGUCGCUCAGGUUCCUCGUGUUCAAAGGCAUGGCGGAUGAGCAGCCACUGCCGUGCUGAUCUGCUGCGCCCCUGUUUUAACGGCCGUGUGGACUACUCGAUGAUUACGGGGCGGCAGUUACUACCUACUAGUCUGAAACAGUUCCGUGAAAUGCACCAAUAUGAUAUGCUGUAACUUGAUUCAGCUUUUGCAUCGCAAUUCGCGAGUGUGGUCUGAAACUCUGAAUGCGUUGAAUGGUGUGGAAAUGAUCUUCAAACAUGAUGUUCCACUUCAAA